AUGCCUUCGUUUUUGAUCACUGAUAUUCUCUCUCGGGAGACACAAUCACCUGCACCGGGGUCUGCCACAGAUUACACUACAAAUCAAGAAUCCUUAUCUAUCAGUCCCAUUACCAUGGAUAAUAACCCUUUGACAAAUGCCUCUGUGUGGCUAACAUUGCACCAUUACUUGGCACAAUAUCCGACUGUCCUGGCAAGUGGUGCCUUUCCACUCUCAUGGAAUUCAUGUACUCCAAACAGAUCUGAAAAAACAUUAACGGCACAGGCGAAAGACGGUGUGUGGAAGACACAACCUUUGCUGGAGAUGCUCUACAAACAGACCAGCUUGAUAACACAAAGUGAAAACCGUUCUCCGGCAGAUACAAACGAUAAAUUUCCUUGGCCCCUUCUACCUUCUACACGCCCUGGAGCCUUUCAUCCAGUUAGAAGGAUCUCUAACUCUGGUGAUUAUUCCGCUCGCCAUCGCAACUCGCGCCACUCGCCGAAUCCUACUUCAAACAUCAGUCAACCCAAUGAAACCUCAACGACGAACGCCAUCGCGGCCGGUGCUAGUCGAUCGGAGUUGUCUACAUCUUCCCUGUCCACACUGAACUCAAACGACACUGGGCGUUCAUAUGUUGCCACCACCUCAGAGCGAACCUCCGGCCCUGUGUACGGCUUGCGUGUGGACAGUGUCGACCUGAUGUGUCGAGGAUUGGAGGAAUCCAGUCAAGGCUCUGGAGAUGAGUGCACCGGGAAAGGAUCACGUAGUCCUUAUGGAAGCAAUUCUGCUUUGGAUGCCCUUAUUCAUAUGACCACGUCAUCUAUGCAACGAUUGAACCGGAAGGUGGAUAAACCGAUCAGUCCAACGGAUCGCCUUGAUUUGUGCACUCUAACCCGAGGCAGUCAAAUGACGAAGCGGCGAAAAACACGAACCACAUUCUCCAAUUCGCAACUGUCCGAAUUGGAGACUAAUUUUAAUCGGCAAAAGUACCUCACUCCAACAGAUCGUGAUCGGAUAGCCAAACAUCUGGGAUUAAGCAACACUCAGGUUAUCACCUGGUUUCAAAAUCGAAGGGCAAAAUUGAAACGUGAAGCGGAAGAAUUGGAACGAGAUAUUUUGGCCGCUCGACAACAAGAACAACAAAAGUUGCUAGAGCUUCACUCACAAGACUCGGAAGAUGGCACAGGGAAUUACGGAUUUGACCGCAUGGGCCCGGGAGAAAGAUGGCUUCCAUCAUCAGAGGAUCCGGUUAAUGGGACCGCAUUAGAUGGGAGUGUAUCCAAGUCAAAUUUCUCCAAGUCCAGAAUGGAUGCACCUUCUCCAAAUCAGUGGAGUGAUUCUUCGCCAAACUCAAUUCCUGUGAAAACCAGCAACAUUGAUAACAGCACAAAAAUCAGUUGUUACCGUACAGGAACAAACAGCCGAAAUGUUUUGAAUCCAAUUUUGAGACAAACUAUGAAUCGAAGCGUCGUCUCGAAGAGAAAAACUGUAUGGAGUCCAGCAGAGGAAUUAGAAAUUACUUGUUGA